AUGUCAAUCACAUCAGUAAACACGAGCUUAUUUUCUGGUUUGGCACAUACGCUACCUUCAAACCAGCUAGCAAACUUAAUUCCACAAAAAACGAAUAAUAAAAGUGGAGAAUGGAUGCAGGCGCAAAAGGAGGUUGAAAAUAGGGUUACGAGCGCUAAUCAACGUGUUAGUUAUUAUCAAUGGCAAAAUCAAAAACUUGACUUAGUAGCUGGUAAGAGUAAUGCAACAACCCAAAGUGGUGUGAAUGCGGUUCCUAUAGCUACCGGUUUAGUUACUACUGCUACACGACGCGAUAAAAUUUCUAUAAAACAACGUACUAGGAGAACACCAGCGAGUUCAAGGGAGAAAAUUUUCACAAAGAAUACCAAGAAAAAAAGACGGCGAAACACGGAUAAAUACGAGGAUAAAAAUGCUGAAGAUGCGUCCAAAAUUAAGCCAAAAGAUCAAAUACCUUACAACACAUUUAUGAGUAUGAUUGAUGGCUAUGCAAGACCAUUCCAAGAAGAGAAUCAUCAAUUCUUAAUAAAUAAAAUGGCCGAAGCAGAAGAUCCAAAGGCAUAUGAAAUUCCACCACUAGGGAAAUGUUGGGAAGAUGCACGAGAAUCUAAUAGUGAUCGAGUAUAUCAAUCAGAAGAUAUAGUAGAUCUGGAUGCCUUAGGUUUGGGUAAGAUUUCACAUGGACCCUUGACUAAUCAGUUAUUUAGUGCUCUCAUGACGGAAAGUACAGAAUUCGACAUCUCGAAAUUUGGAAAUGGCAAAGACAAAGAAGUCGACAGAAGUCAAGGAGAGAGUGAACACAUCACUCCAUCAAAUCCAACAGCAACUGAUGUUCUUGAUGAGAGACUCAAAUUAGAACUUCAAUAUGUUGGAUUAUUAGAUAAAGAUGAGGAUCUCAGUUUGCUGAAUGAAAUAUCGUCGUUUACUUCAGCAGCUCAAAAUGAAAAAGACGAUGACGAAGUUAAAAAUCGGCUUAUUGAGUUGCAAGAAUCUUUGAAAAUCAACUUGAUAAGCAAAUUGAAGAAGGCUACUCGACGCGCUAUGCAAAAUCUUACAAAAACUUCAAAAAAGAAAAAACCAAUCAACACUCAAAAUCUCGAAUCAAAUAUUACAUGCCGUCGAAAGUACACAGAAAAAAUCGGUCGGCUGUUUAAACCCGAGGAAUUUAUGGCACCAAACGAAUCGAUUUUUGAAGAAAUUGAAGAAAUGGUUUAA